AUGGGCGUUACCGAUGUACUGAGCCGAAAGUCUGGCGUUAUCGUGGGAGACGAUGUCCUGAAACUGUUCCAGUAUGCCCGGGAGAAGCAGUUUGCAGUGCCUGCCAUCAAUGUCACGUCAUCCUCAACUGUCGUUGCGUCACUUGAGGCUGCCCGUGAUGCCAAAGCUCCCAUCAUUCUACAGAUGUCCCAGGGAGGUGCUGCCUAUUUUGCUGGAAAGAACGUGAGCAAUACCGACCAAGCCGCCUCCAUCGCCGGUGCUGUCGCAGGUGCCCAAUACAUCCGUAGCAUCGCGCCCUCCUACGGCAUCCCAGUGAUUCUCCACACUGACCACUGCGCAAAAAAACUCCUGCCAUGGCUCGAUGGCAUGCUCGACGCUGAUGAGGCUUACUUCAAGGUCCAUGGCGAGCCUCUGUUUAGCUCCCACAUGAUCGAUCUCUCCGAGGAAGCCGUCGACUGGAACGUCAAGACUACCGCCAAGUAUCUUCAGCGAGCGGCCCCGAUGAAGCAGUGGCUUGAGAUGGAGAUAGGUAUCACCGGUGGCGAAGAAGAUGGCGUCAACAAUGAAGACGUUGACAAUGCUUCUCUUUACACCCAGCCUGAGGAUAUUCUCAACAUUUAUAAUACACUGUCUCCCAUCUCCCCAUACUUCUCUAUUGCUGCCGGCUUCGGUAAUGUCCACGGUGUCUACAAACCCGGCAAUGUCAAGCUCCACCCUGAGCUACUCGGCAAGCACCAGGCUCAUGUCAAGGAGGCCAUCAACUCCAAAGAGGACAAGCCUGUUUAUUUUGUCUUCCACGGUGGUUCUGGAUCUAGCAAGAAGGAGUACCUGGAUGCUAUCAGCCAUGGUGUCGUCAAGGUUAACAUGGACACUGAUAUGCAGUUUGCCUAUAUGAGCGGUAUCCGUGAUUAUAUGCUGAACAAGAAGGACUACCUCCUCACUGCCGUUGGCAACCCCGAUGGCGAAGACAAACCCAACAAGAAGUUUUUUGACCCGCGUGUCUGGGUUCGCGAGGGUGAGAAAACCAUGUCUGCUCGUGUUGCCGAGGCCCUCAAGGACUUUAACUGUGCUGGGCAGUUGUAG